GUGACGCUACAUUAGUUAGAGCAUCACGACGAAUAAGUGUGUCAUUUUAGUAUUCUAAUUAAAAUUAAAAUUAAUUUCUUAAUUAUUGCGAAUGUAUCGAUGUUAAUAUGGCUUCGACUGAACUUGACUGGGGUAAAUACGUAGAUGAGCAAGAAAAAUUAUCAGCGAAGGUCUCCAAUUUAAAUAUAGAUAAAGAGCUUAAAGAAAAUACAACAAAUACAGAUUCCAAAGAUGAUGAUGUAGCGGAUGAACAAAUAUCACCUGCAGAAAAAUCAUUACUUCAAAAAAUUAUACGUAGAGGUUUAGUAGAAACAACAAAAGAUAUAGAAAUUCAAAGAAAAGAUCCAUCAUCACCUUUAUAUAGUGUCAAAUCCUUUGAUGCUCUUCAUCUUAAACCAGCUUUAUUAAAAGGAGUAUAUGCAAUGGGAUUUAAUGCACCAUCAAAAAUUCAAGAAACUGCAUUGCCUACUUUAUUAGCUGAUCCACCUCAAAAUAUGAUUGCUCAAUCACAAUCUGGAACUGGAAAAACAGCAGCAUUUGUAUUAGCAAUGCUCAGUAGAGUAGAUACUACCAAAAAUUAUCCUCAAGUACUUUGUUUAUCACCAACUUAUGAAUUAGCUAUACAAACAGGAGAAGUAGCAGCAAAGAUGUCUGCAUUUUGUAAUGAAAUAAAAAUAAAAUAUGCUGUAAGAGGAGAAGAAAUAAGUCGAGGAACAAAAGUUACAGAGCAUAUUAUCAUUGGAACACCAGGAAAAGUUUUAGAUUGGGCUUUUAAAUUUAAAUUCUUCAGUCUAAGUAAAAUUUCAGUUUUUGUUUUAGAUGAAGCCGAUGUAAUGAUUGCGACACAAGGUCAUCAAGAUCAGUGUAUUCGUAUUCAUAAACAACUUCCACGUACAUGUCAAAUGAUGUUUUUCUCUGCAACUUAUGAGCCAGAAGUAAUGAAAUUUGCAGAAAUUAUAGUCAAUAACCCUUUGAUAAUAAGAUUAUUGAAAGAAGAAGAAACUUUAGAUAAUAUUAAACAAUAUUAUGUCAAAUGCAAGGAUUUAGAUGAAAAAUAUGCAGCUAUCACUAAUAUAUAUGGUGUAAUUACAAUAGGACAAGCAAUUAUUUUUUGUCAUACUAGAAAGACAGCUAAUUGGUUAGCUGAAAAAAUGACAAAAGAUGGUCAUGCAGUAGCUGUUUUAUCUGGGGAAUUGACAGUCGAACAAAGAAUUUCAGUAUUGGAUCGCUUUAGAGCUGGUCUUGAGAAAGUUCUUAUCACAACCAAUGUUUUAGCUAGAGGUAUUGAUGUAGAACAAGUAACAAUAGUAGUCAAUUUUGAUUUACCAAUGGACCAAAAUCGACAAGCAGAUUGUGAAACUUAUUUACAUAGAAUUGGUCGAGCUGGACGUUUUGGUAAAUCUGGAAUUGCUAUUAAUCUAGUAGAUUCAUCGCAUGCAAUGCAAAUAUGUAAAGAUAUAGAAAAACAUUUUGCAAAAAAAAUAAAAUAUCUUGACACAGAAGAUGCAGAUGAAAUAGAAAAAAUAGGAGUUUAAGUUAAUAUAUAGGAAUUACAAUUAUGCUUUUUAUCAAAUACGCCUAGAUAUACUGUAAUAUCUCCUGAAAGAAUAGAUAUUUGUAUUCUCAGCAUAGAUUUUUUUGUAUUUCUUUUCCAAUAGCACAUAUUAUCAAGAAAUAUGUUUACUUUUUCUUUUUACAAUGGUUGUAUAGAAUUUUUUACUAUCGAAUUAAAAUAUGGCGAUUGGAUCAGGAAUAUACACAGAAUUUAAAUAAAGAAAUAUUUUUAUAUGUUAUACAACAAACAACUGUUUGGCGCAAAAAAAUAUUGUGUCCUUGUCUCUUUACCAUUAUAAAUUACUUCAUUGACUUUUUAUAUAAAAAAUAAAUCAUUUUUUUUGUAUUUUUUCAAUUUUAAUAAUCACAUGAUUUAUUAGAUAUUGAUUAUUAAUGUUAAGAAACAUUACAUACAACGAUAAUGUGGUAAUAUUAUCACGAUUUAUAUAAGUACAAAUAAUAUAAACAAAAAUAGUUAAUCAUUGAUUAUUAAUUAACUAUUAAUUAUUGCCCAUAUAUCAAAAUGAACAAGUUGUAAUUGUGGUAUAAAAACUUUUUUUUGUAAAUGAAUUAUAAAAUAAAAAUAUUUUAACACAA